AUGUCAGCUGAACGGUCAGGUGACGUUGGAGUUGACGAGGGACGGAAUGGACGCCGCGGUAGCAUUGUUGGGGAGCAGUACCAGCAAGGUCUGCGUCGACCUCGGGGAGGCGGAGCGCCACCGGAGAAGCCGCCCACGAAUGAGGAGGUCGCUAAAGCCGUACAGCAGAAAGUGGCGGCGGCAGUGGAGAUGUCCCGUAAGUACCGUCACGUGGCCUGGUAUUCCCUCUUCGUAGCGGCUUACAUGGUGGUGCUGUAUCUGCAGGCGAGUGCCUACAAGUCUGGCGAGGUGGUGGAGACGCUGAAGAAGGCCUUUAUGCCUGAAGACGGCUCCACCACUAUGACCUUUAGGAACGAAGAUGAAGUGCUGGAGUACCUGGGACAGAAGGUUCUUCUUCCCAUUUGGAAGGACCCGGUGUGUGGUGAUGGCAACUGCGAGUGGCCCUGGGAGUUUCCCUCCUGGGGCAGAUUUGGGUGCCAGGCGGACUGCGGUCAGAACACCAACACCACCCCCAUCGUGGUCAACGUCCGGGCUGACUUCACGGGCCACCCCUCCAUCUCCUCCCGGGUGCUCAUGAACAACGCCAAGUGGAACUUGUGUUUGGAGGACGAGGCGAGGAGGAAGCGAGGAGAGGCGGAUCUAUGCUGGUCCUCUAAUUAUGUGAGUAUAGUCGACGGGUCGCGGGUUUCUUUUCUCCACUACACGCCUUUCCGCCGUGUGCCGUACAGGUACGACGAAGACCAGGCCUUCAAGGAGGUGCAGGUCAACUCUAUUAAUGCGGCGCAGGUAAUUGACGGCAAGUGGUACGUCAUCGUCAAGGGCGACUACGCUGGUCGUGUUUCCGGUGCCAUAUACGACAUCACCAACAGCUCUAAACCCGUGGCCAUUCCAACCUCACCUUCCUGGGACUCGUGCAAGCUCGUACGGCGCCGUACGGUGCCUGCCACACAAGCCGCGCUACGGCGGCUGCUUGCUGCGUACACGCAAGCGCACCGGGUGGGCGGAGAGGGCGGGCGGCGCAUCAUUGCCGAGGUGGUGGACGAGAUUUCCAAGAUGGAGGGCCUCAAACACAUCAACUUCACAAAGUACAAGACGCGUAUGGAACAACCGCAGCAGCAGCAACCGCAGCAGCAGCCAAUCAACGCCUCAGGCACCGCAGCCGGAGCCGCAGCAGGCGGCAGCUCCGGGGUUACCGUCGCCACCGCCAAUACUGCUUGA